AUGAUUGGCAAAGAAGGGGGGAGGGGCGAGUGGCAUGGGGCACAACAUGGGCAGGCAUCAACGGUGGGACCGAACAUCAACCUUGAAAAGGAGCUGGGUGAAGCAGCCAGUGGGAGGACCAAGAGCAAAGGAGCAAAGGACGGCCAAAAGGAAAAGCGCUCGGGCCCCACUGGAAUGCGCCUUCGCCCCUGA